CCGUCACGUACGCAUGCGCUCCUGGAGCUGCAAGUUGUUUCCUCGGAGCCGGAGGGUCCCGGGCACGCCUCUGCUGGCGGGUGAGCGCGUGCACGAGCCCCCCGGCAUGGCACGGAGCAGCCGAGCAGCCUCUUCUCCUGAGAACUAGGAGCUGUGCUGGAACGUGCUGAGGAGGCUAUGGUGCCCUCGCUUGGCCCUCUGAGCCCCCGGGAGAAGGAGAAAGGGUGAGCGGCGGAGCCCCCGCGCCUGCCUCUGCCCGCCAUGAGCCACGUGCCGCCCGUCUCCUCCGAGCUGCACCACAUCGUCUCCACGGCCUUCGAGGGGCCUGAGCAGGAUGGGUUGAGGCCCACGUCUCCCACAUUUGGGGGGCAGGAGGAGGAGGAGGAGAAGGACCUGAGCAAGGCGCUGCGGGUGGAGCGCUUUGAGGAGAUCCUUCAGGAUUCGCACCCGCGCAACGUGGAAGAGACUGGGCGGAGCUACAGCGAGGAGGACUUUGAGUACCACCGGCAGUCCUCCCACCACAUCCACCACCCACUCUCCAGCCACCUGCCUUUGGGCGCCCGGCGGAAAAAGGGGGUGAAGAAGAAGAAGAAGGAGGAGGAAGAGGAGGAGGCCAAGAGGAAGGGGCGCCGGGCCUCCCUUCCAGGGGAAACGCCCACCAUCGAGGAGGCUGAGGAGGAGGAGGAGGAGGAGGAGGAGGAAGAGGAGGAGGAAGAGGAGGAGGAUGGAGGCGAGGAGGCGGGCGAAGCAGAGACGGAGCAGGACCUGCUGCAGGGCAGCUCCCCUGAGGGGGUGCAGUUCUUCCUGCAGGAGGACGAUGUCGCCGACCGGAGAGUGGAGGGUUUGGCGACCCCAACGCUGCCCCUGAGCUCCCCCACUGAUUCCGGGGGCUCCCCAGCUGCCAGGGGCCCAAAGCGGGGCAGCUCGGAUGGAGAGGGGCCUGGCGGGGGCCCGGAGGGGCCUGGCGGGGCCGAGGGGGGCUCCCCGGGACGCUCGCUCUCCAAGUCGCAGCUGGGCCACCGGAGCUACAACCUCAACGAGCGCCGGCGCAUUGGCAGCAUGACGGGGGUGGAGCAGGCCCGCUACCAGAAGGUGCCCACGGACGAGUCGGAGGCGCAGACCUUGGCCUCGGCAGACCUGGACUACAUGAAGAGCCACAGGUUUGAGGAUGUCCCGGGGGUGCGCAGGCACCUGGUCCGGAAGAGCGCCAAAGGGCAGGUGGUGCACAUCGGGAAGGACCGCCAGGAGCCCAGCGCCCGGCAACGCAAGCAGGACCGGCAGCCCCACGAGGUCUUUGUGGAGCUGAACGAGCUGAUUGUGGACAAGAACCAGGAGAUGCAGUGGAAAGAGACGGCUCGCUGGAUCAAGUUCGAGGAGGACGUGGAGGAGGAGACAGACCGCUGGGGCAAGCCCCACGUGGCCUCCCUCUCCUUCCGCAGCCUGCUGGAGCUCCGCCGGACCUUGUCCCACGGGGCUGUGCUGCUUGACCUGGACCAGAAGACACUCCCGGGGGUGGCACACCAGGUGGUGGAGCAGAUGAUCAUUUCAGACCAGAUCCGGGCCGAGGAUCGUGCCAACGUGCUGAGGGCACUGCUGCUCAAGCACAGCCACCCCUCGGACGAGAAGGAGUUCUCCUUCCCCCGCAACAUCUCGGCCGGCUCGCUGGGCUCCCUGCUGGGCCACCAUCACAGUGCCAACCACGUCGGAGAGGGGGUGGAGCCGACAGUGACAGACCCACUCAUUGGGGGCCAUGCUGGGGAGCACGAGACCCGGGUGGACAUUGAGAAGGAGAGAGAGGUCCUGUCCGCCAUGCUCCCCGGCAGCAUCACGCGGUCCAAGUCAAAGCACGAGCUGAAGCUGCUGGAGAAGAUCCCAGACAACGCGGAGGCCACGGUGGUGCUUGUGGGCUCCGUGGAGUUCCUGGACCAGCCCACCAUGGCCUUUGUGCGGCUGCAAGAGGCAGCCCUGCUGGACGCUGUGCUGGAGGUGCCCGUCCCGGUGCGCUUCCUCUUUGUGCUCCUGGGCCCCAGCAGCACCAACAUGGACUACCACGAGAUUGGCCGCUCCAUCUCCACCCUCAUGUCCGACAAGCAAUUCCACGAGGCGGCUUACCUGGCCGACGACCGGCAGGACCUGCUGCAGGCCAUCAACGAGUUCCUGGACUGCAGCGUGGUGCUGCCCCCCUCGGAGGUGCAAGGCGAGGAGCUGCUGCGGAGCGUGGCCCACUUCCAGCGGGAGAUGCUGCGGCGCAGGGAAGAGCAGGAGCAGCGCCUGCUUCUGGGGGCGCUGGAGCCCAAGUCGCCCGAGGAGAAAGCUCUCCUGAAGCUGGAGGAGGCAGAGGAGGCAGAAGACGACCCCCUCCGGCGCACGGGCCGCCCCUUUGGGGGGCUGAUCCGGGACAUCCGCCGGCGCUACCCCAAGUAUCUCAGUGACUUCCGGGAUGCGGUGGACCCCCAGUGCGUGGCCGCCGUCAUCUUCAUCUACUUUGCUGCUCUGUCACCUGCGAUCACCUUUGGAGGGCUGCUGGGCGAGAAGACCCGAGGGCUCAUUGGGGUCUCGGAGCUGAUCAUCUCCACCUCGGUGCAGGGUGUCCUCUUCUGCCUGCUGGGAGCUCAGCCUCUCCUCAUCAUUGGCUUCUCGGGACCCCUGCUGGUUUUUGAGGAGGCCUUUUUCACCUUCUGCAGCUCCCAGGGGCUGGACUACCUGGUGGGCCGCGUCUGGAUCGGCUUCUGGCUCGUCCUCAUCGUGCUGGUCAUGGUGGCCCUGGAGGGCAGCUUCCUGGUGCGCUUCGUCUCCCGCUUCACCCAGGAGAUCUUUGCCUUCCUCAUCUCCCUCAUCUUCAUUUACGAGACCUUCUUCAAGCUGAUCAAGAUCUUCCAGGAGCACCCCCUCCACGGCUGCGGCAGAGGGAACGCCAGCGCCAGCCUGGAGGGGGGCGGCGGGCUGCUGAGGCCGGGCAACGGGUCCGCUGCCAGCCAGGCUCCUUCCAGAGUGACGGGGCAGCCCAACACGGCGCUGCUCUCGCUGGUGCUGAUGGCCGGGACCUUUUUCAUCGCCUUCUUCCUGCGCAAGUUCAAGAACAGUCGCUUCUUCCCUGGCCGGGUCCGGCGGGUGAUUGGCGACUUCGGGGUCCCCAUUGCCAUCCUCAUCAUGGUGCUGGUGGACUACAGCACCCAGGACACCUACACUCAGAAGCUGUCCGUGCCCCAUGGCUUCUCCGUCACGAACCCAGAGAGCCGGGGCUGGGUGAUCAACCCCCUGGGCGAGACCCAGCCCUUCCCCGUCUGGAUGAUGGUGGCCUGCGCCCUGCCAGCUGUCCUUGUCUUCAUUCUCAUCUUCAUGGAAACACAAAUCACUACACUGAUCAUCAGCAAGAAGGAGCGGAAGCUGCAGAAGGGCUCCGGCUUCCACCUGGACCUCCUGCUCAUCGUGGCCAUGGGGGGCUUCUGCGCCCUCUUUGGGCUGCCCUGGCUGGCCGCCGCCACCGUCCGCUCCGUCACGCAUGCCAACGCCCUCACCGUCAUGAGCAAGGCUGUGGCCCCCGGAGACAAGCCCAAGAUCCAGGAGGUGAAGGAGCAGCGGGUCACUGGGCUGCUGGUGGCCAUCCUGGUGGGCUUGUCCAUCGUGAUCGGGGACCUGCUGCGCAAGAUCCCCCUGGCCGUGCUCUUCGGGAUCUUCCUCUACAUGGGGGUCACCUCGCUGAACGGGAUCCAGUUCUACGAGCGCCUCCACCUGCUGCUCAUGCCCCCCAAGCACCACCCUGACGUGCCCUAUGUCAAGAAGGUGCGGACGCUGCGGAUGCACCUCUUCACCCUGCUGCAGCUGGCCUGCCUGGCCGUGCUCUGGGCCGUGAUGUCGACCGUGGCCUCGCUGGCCUUCCCCUUCAUCCUCAUCCUCACGGUCCCGCUCCGCAUGUGCCUGCUCAGCCGCAUCUUCACUGAGCGCGAGAUGAAGUGUCUUGAUGCGGCGGAGGCGGAGCCAAUCCUGGACGAGAGGGAAGGCGUCGACGAAUACAACGAGAUGCCCAUGCCCGUGUGAGGCGGCGGAGGAGGAGGCCCCCCAGGGCAGGCCCCGCCUCGGCUCCAGCCAGGAAGGGCCCCCACGCCCUGCCCCGCCCACCCAGCAGGGACCAGCGGCCCCCACCCCAGUGCCUUCGUUGCCUCCGCCCAGGAGGAGGGCCUUGGGCCCCAGUGGCCUCGGCGGGACCCCCUUGCCCCGGGGGAGCCAGCCCGGGCCCCGGCAUGACAGCCCUGCCCAGCGCCCCCCCCUGCACCAGCCUGCGGGGGGGGGGCACCCCUCCGCCAGGAAGACUGACAGGCGGCGGCAGCAGCAGCAGCGGCUCCUCCUCAGCUACACUCUGGUGGUAUUUAAGAGGGUCUUAACUUAACAUGUCAAUAAACAGCUUUGCUACAA